CUAGGUCACAUGCUGACAACAAGUAGCUUUCGAGCUCCAAUACCUUCAUUUGGGAAGUUUUCAGUCAAUUUUUUCCAGGUGGGAUUAUUUAUCAAAACCACAUUUGUUUGUAAGGUAUGAAGUCACAAGGAAUAUCAAAUUUGCAGCCAUUUACAACAUCCAAACUGGACCAACAUGCGAUUUACAAUAUCGUACUUUUACUUCACAUAUCUUGUUAUGCUUCGGGUUGGAUUUAGUCGCUCAAGGAACAUCGACAAACAAACGGAAUUUACGAUUGGGAUUAUAUCAUCGGAGUUUACUGGUAUGGGACAAGAGUCUGUCGGAUCUGCAAUGCCAGAUAGUAGAAUUUUAUCGAGUGAUAACGCUCAGUGGCAAGAUAUUAAACGAUCAGAUCGGCUUUCGGUCGCAAUACAAUUUGUUCUUAACACUUACAAAAACGUGUCUCAAAGCUCUAAUGGAGGCGCAACUAUUUUUACACCGGAUUCAGCGGUAUCUCUGCAAUAUAUUUUAUUGCGAUCACCUUGUGAUGCGGGAGAGCUAGUAAGUGCAAUCAGCUCUAACAAGAACAUAUUUGAUGCGUACAUUAUUGGUGAAUUUGUAGAAGAAUGUGUCAGUCGGGACAGCGAUAACUCACUUUCAGCAAGUGUAAAACAGUAUAAUUUAUUCUGCGACGCGAUAGAUUUAAUUUCGAAUAUGUGGCGUAUACCAUGUGUUUCAUGGAGUUGUAUACCGAAGACAGAAGUUUCUCAAGUUUUAAAUUUUCGAAAACAGCCUUUUCCGUUCCAUGUAAAGUUUUUCCCAAACAGUCAACAAACUGUUAAAACUUCCCUUGCUAUUUUACGAAGAGUAGGAUGGUUCAAUAUAGCAUUGCUAUCAGCUGUAGAUAUUGAACCCUGGAACACAUUUUGUGGAGAACUCAGAAACGAGUUGCUUCUCAAUAAGGAUUUUGCAUUGAAAUAUUAUCAAACUGUAAAUUUCAACGCCAAGAAAAAGGGAAACAAAUCGAUACAAAAUGUCAAAUUUAUGAAGAAGCUAUUUUCAGAUUUCGAGAAUUCACAUUGUAAAGUUAUACUCAUAUGUGCCCCGACGACGUUUGAAAACAAAGAUGACAACAGCGUCAUUGAUCGUUUUGUGACGAUGUCGUCAACGUUAUCUUCAGAUAGAGCUUUUAUGUGGAUUGACCCAAUCGGGAAGUUUUAUAACGAAAAAUCGCUAAAUGACGUCAUACAAAUAAAGAAAGAAGAAGCGAUACAAAGAGAAAUAGAGAGGAAAAAGAAAGAAGAACAAUCAAGAAAGAAAAGAGAAAUUCCGAAUAUUCUAACGACGAAAUUUGGAAGUGUCAAUGACAAAAAUAUUCUUUAUAAUGCAACUUCUGACUUACAAAGGGUCAAUUAUUCGCGAACGACGAUUUUGUUCGAAAAACCGACGCUGUUGAAAAGGCUCGUAAGAAGCGUGGUAGCCGAUGACGCGAUUGCUGAUAACAUUCUACAGAUAGAAAAGGAAAAGGAGAAAAUAUACAGCAAUCCGGUGUCAAAAUUAACAUCGCACAACAUGAUGCUUUUAUCACCUGCUUUAGAAUUCAUACUGGAAUCUCUCACUCAACAUUACGUUGGUACAUCGAGUCAACCCAUCACUCACAAACCUCUCGAAAUGUCAGCACUUGGAGUAUAUUUUUCCGAUGCUCUUAUUAUCUUGAUGAAGACCUUACAACGCCAAGCAAAAAUUGACUAUGAAAUUAAAAGUAUAAGUAAUCAACAAAUACUGGAAAAUGUCCGUGACAUGAAGUUUGCAGAAAUGCCUAGAUUUUCGGAAACAAAUCUGCUUGAACAUCCAUCUUAUUAUCUGUACAAUUACCUGGAUAUAACGAAGGUUCAAGAUACAUCAUCACUGAUGGUCCCAAUGAUGGAUAUUUAUCUUUCAAAAGAUGGAAGAGCUUUUGAGAUGAAAGAAAAAGUACCUGAAGGUCUGAUUUGGUCAAAGAACGGAAAACCGAAAUCAGACGGUGAUUGUGAAAAAGACGAUUUGUUUUGUCAUGUGACAACAGGAAACUUGCGUGUUGUUGAUUUGUUUAUUGCUAUGCUCGGUAUGACUGCGGCUUACAUAGCUGCUUAUGCAAUAUGGAGGUUAUCAAGAAGAAGAAGACCCUCUUUUGACUUGGGAUCAGGAAAAUUAUUCCUGUCACAAGAAGAUUUACGACUGCUCAGUCCUCCAAACAAUAAAACGAAAUCUGGCAUCGGGAGUUCAUUACUGGAUUAUGGGUCAAAUACAUCCCGCAUGGGAAGUGUUUGCACUUUGGGUAUUGAUCAAGUUCCGACAAUUGCACCAGGAGAAAACAUGUUAGCUACUUUAGACGGAGAAAUGGUAUUUGUCAAGAGACUGCAGACGAGUCAACAAGAAAACUGGAAAACGACUAAAGAUGUUCUCAGAACAUUAUCUGGAAUGAGGCACGAAAAUUUGUGUUACACAUAUGGUAUUUAUCAUGGUUCAGCAAUACGAGGUCUUGUGAUGGAAUACUGUCCCAGAGGAUCUUUGCAAAGACUUAUUAUGAAUAAAGAUUGUAAGCUAGAUGUGACGUUUAUGCUAUCAAUGAUACAUGAUUUAGCCAAGGGAAUGAAAUACAUUCACGGAAGUAGUCUGAAAUGUCAUGGAAAAUUGAAAUCAUCCAACUGUUUAGUUGAUUCCAGAUUUGUUUUGAAAAUCACUGAUUAUGGAGUUAAUAAUAUUCAUAAUUCCCUCGUUAAAACUCAACAAAAAGAGGAAGAGCCUGCAGAAUUACUGUGGACAGCUCCAGAACUUCUAUUAGACGAAAACAAAAGAAAAAACGGAACACAGAAAGGAGAUUCUUAUAGUUUUGCUAUCAUAUGCCAGGAACUCUUUCUGCGUAACACACCGUAUUGCACUUUAAAUUUAUCACCCAGUGAAAUAAUAAAAAGAGUCAAAGCGGCGGAUCCAGUGACCAGGCCGACAAUUAGUGACGAGCAGAUAUCUCCAGAGAUGAUCCGCGUCAUAAAACAAUGUUGGCAACAGCAACCUCAACUUCGUCUCACGUUCAGCGUCGUCAACAAUGAAAUGAAAAAGAUGCGGAAAGGUACGAAACACAACAUUGUUGAAAACAUGAUGAAACAAUUGGAAGAAUACAGUUGCAGUUUAGAGGAUUUAGUUGCUGAAAGGACAGCUGAAUUAGAUGAAGAGAAAAAGAAAACUGAAUCCUUGCUCAUGAGAAUGCUUCCGCCUACGGUAGCACAUAAGUUGAUGUCAAAUGAUAUUGUCAUCCCAGAAACAUUUGAAAACUGCACAAUCUACUUUAGUGAUAUUUGUGGAUUUACUACGAUAUCAUUAGAGAGCACACCAAUGCAAGUUGUAGAUUUACUGAACGAUUUAUACACAUGUUUUGAUGCGAUCAUCGAAACAUAUGAUGUCUACAAAGUUGAAACAAUCGGAGACGCGUACAUGGUGUCUUCCGGAAUUCCAAAGCGCAUCGGUGAUAAGCACGCACCUGAAGCUGCUUUGAUGGCAUUAGACAUCAUGAGUGCAACUGCAGCAUUCAAAAUUCGACACAUGCCGGAUACUGUCUUGAGAAUUCGUAUUGGGCUUCAUUCAGGCAAAGCAGUAGCAGGCGUUGUGGGUUUGACGAUGCCUCGUUAUUGCUUGUUUGGAGACACAAUUAACACUGCUUCUAGAUUGGAGAGUACUGGAAUACCAAGCCGAAUACAUGUGAGCGAUUCUACCCGUAAUAUGUUGGUGAAAAGUGAUCUGGGAUUUAAACUUGAAGAACGUGGGACUAUUGAACUGAAGGGUCGAGGAAUGAUGACGACAUAUUGGUUACAUGGUGCAGACGGUUGGAAUAAAAGUCUUCCAACUCCUGGUGAUGUUGAUGGCCCUUCGCAUGGAAUCAAAUUAGUAAAGAACGCUGUGUCAGCAACAGCCAUAGCCGCAAAUUUAAAGAAUCAAUCGUCACUUGAGUCAAAUUCAAAACAAGGAGAAAAAAGGACAUCGGUAUCGUCAAAAGCAAGUAAGUUAAUGGGUGCUACUGUCAAGGACGAAAAACCAGGGAAAUCAAAUAACAACAACAGUAAUAAUACCUUCAGUAGAGAUACCAUAGGAUCUGGAGUAAACGGAUUCCAUUGGAUAGUAGCAAAUCAAAAAAGGGACCAAAUGAUUUCAACGGCAAAAACGAAGCUCUUCAAAAGAACGAGGGUCUCAAAUAUAAAUCCUAUCUGAAACAUGUUAUUUUCUCCCUCGUAUAGAAUACUGUUCUCUCAUAUUGCGUGUAGAAUGAUGCGAUCUGUGUAAGGCCACAGAUCGAGAGUGGCUGCUCCGUGUGUUUUGUGAUGAUUAUAUCAAGUGCUGCACAAUGAUACAACGUAUAAUAUUUACCUGCAUGUUACAUAGAUUUACAUCUUAUAAAAAUAAAUAUAAGCGAUAUUCUAUCAUAAUAUAAAUACUUAUAUAUAUGAUAAUAUGUGUCCUAAUAAGACUAACAGUAGAGUCACAUUAGUAUCGUAAAUGCUAAUUCAAGUUUAUCUACAUUGCAAACGUGUAAGAAUUAAUGAGGGAAGUCCUAUCGGAUUGUUACGAGUUUAUUUGAAGAGAAAUCAAAGAAUUUACUCGUCGUAUUCCUGUCAUUUGCUGAUAUCGUUGUUAUAAGAUGCAUAAAAGUCAGAUCUUCGGUUGAUGGG